AUGUCCCUGAUGCUGUACAACGUGUGCAACAAGCGUUUCCGCCUCUUCCUCCCCGCGAACCGUGACAACAGCUUCGGCCACCAUAUUAUCCUCGCUUGCACAGCGGUGUUGGCCACAUCAUCAAGCUCAAUUCUCAACCCGUGCAGUUUGAUCAUAUUUUUGCAGCGGCGUUACCCACAGAUGCUUGAUCUUUCAGUUAGUACACAGUCACAUCAAUUUCAACAUGAGAAAAUGCUCCUUGAUGACUACUAUGAUAUAGUCAAGGAAGGAGACUCUUUACGGUGGAAGUUUCUUAGUGACCCCUUUCUCACUGUUCGGACAGAUCCCAUUCUCUGGUACUUGCGUGUUGGGAUCGGGAAGAUCUCUUCUCUCUAA